GGUGCACUCGGUGUUUGUGGUGGUAUCGAGACGCCCGUCGCUGUGAGCCGUGACGCCGUCGACGACACGCCAGGUGGUCUGGUGUGCAGCGAAGAUGGGGGACAUGAACCCAUCGGCACCUCACGCAUUUCAGUCGGAGGGGUUCAGUCCACCAUACCGGAGGCGGAGGACAGUAGAGGAUUUCAACAAGUUUUGCACUUUUGUGUUGGCCUAUGCCGGUUACAUCCCGUAUCCCCAGGAGGAAUCUCCACUGCGCAGUAGUUCAAGCCCCCCCAACAGUACAGGCAGCACAGCUGACAGUGAUGGCUGGACCCCGGGACCCCCUAACUCCUGCCCCCAGCGCCCUCCAAAGGUCCCGCAGGACAGGAGCAGAAAACGUCCACAGCCUGGAGCCACACUGUCUAGUCACACCAAGAAAGAUCAAACAUUAACCACCCUCCACCCAGAUGACCGCAGGAAAGCUGACAAGCUGAAGAAGAAGAAGAGGAGGAAGGAGAGGGAGCAUCAGGCUGGUGAGCUGAAUGAGGCUCAGCACGCCCACCCAACGGUCCCAGAGAUCCAGUUCCCUGUGUCCUUUGGUGGCCGAACGAUCAAAGAAGAGCCUGAAGAUGAUAUCAGCAUUCCCCUCCACCCCCCGCAUCUGCAUAGCCCUUCCCUCUGCAAGGAGGAACCUAAGGAGGAGCGUCGAAACUGGGAUGGUCAAGACCUUGAAGAAGGAGUGGUAAAGGUACAGAAGGUGGAGGGCUUUCCGGGAAACAGAACAGUGUUCCGCCAGGGGAAACAGGUGGUGUUCAGAGACGAAGAUGGAUCCGGAGAGGAUGAGGACAUCAUGGUCGACUCAGAUGACGACUCGUGGGACCUGGUCACAUGUUUCUGCAUGAAGCCUUUUGCGGGUCGGGCCAUGAUCGAGUGUAACCAGUGUAACACCUGGAUCCACCUGUCCUGCGCCAAGAUCCGUAAGAGCCACGUGCCAGAGACAUACGUGUGCCAGAGCUGCCGAGAAACGCAUGGAGUCUCAGAUGCCCGCCGCUCCCACCGCUCUCGCAUCGGCCCGCGCAAACACCUGCUAGAUUGACCCCCGGGCUUGAACUCUGACCACUUCCUCCUGCUUCUCCUCCAUCUGUUGGACUGACCCUUCCUCAAUAUCAGGUCUUGGACCCUUCAGUCUCUGUCCGUCAUGGUCAGCCCUGAACACACAUUUUAUAUAUACACUUUGGUGGACCUAUCCCAAGCCCUUAUUCCACUUGAAAACCGUUGGGAGUGCUAUUUUAGAUUUACUAAGGUUUGUUUCUGCUUCCCUACAGACUCUGCGUAAGGCAAUCACUGAAUGGAAGUCUGUCUGUAGAUGACAUUAGCAUAGCAGCAAACUGCUAAUAUUGGGACUUGGUGUCUCGUGAACACUGGAAACCUUGGAACUGCCAUAUAGAGUGAAUACCCUCACAACUGCCACCCACUAUGGUGCAUGCUGGGAUCUGUGGGAAAGACUGUUUGCACUUUUUAUCACUUUUUUUCUUGGUUUUAAAUCCACCUGACCUUUCCGUCAUAGGGACAGGUUUGUCUUUCUGAUGAAACUGGAAUCGAUUUCUCUAAGAUGCCUCUAAAAUAUUACAUAAUUUACCGUUUUUUAAAAAUGAGGGGGAAAAAGUUAUGCCUUGUGUUAAUUGCUUCAGAUGGUGCUAUAGUAUUAAGCUGAGGUAUAAUCCAAUAGAACAAAGAUGUAUGAUAAGAGACUAAAGUCUGCAUCUGCUUCAUCUGUUUGUUGUUCUCUUCUGUCAUAAUUAAGACACUGUGAAAGAAUAUCAUGGAGGCUUUGAGCCCAUACAACUGAACUAAGCGCUUGUUCCUCUCCCUUUUACUUCACAAGUUGUCUUCCAGCCUCGUCUGAAUCAAGAUGUUACUUGGCCACACGUGGAGCUUCCUCAUGCUGUUCAAAUGGUGUUCUUAUUUCACCAGAAGUUCUUUCAUAAUAAAUAAUUUGUUUUACAGUUUAAAAAAAACAAUUGACAAGAUUGAGAUAACAGGACAUUUUUCUGUUUAAAGUGUCUUCUGUUAUUUGUGGUCAGCGUGGUUUCGCUGCAUUUUUAAAAUGGAAUUUGAGAGUUGUACUGUUCACCAAUACUUUUAUUUAACGUUAGUUUUCAGAUGUUUCAUGCACAAGACAAAUUUUUCAGAGACAAGUAUAUUUAUAGAAGGGAACUCCUAUGGCCGUCCUGUUAAGUGUAUCAACAAAACAAGCUAUUUUAACUGGAAUAGUGGUGUUAAGAGAGAUUCUCUUGUGUCCAGUUGAAAUGAUGCAUGUGAGAUUUCUGUUUGUUUGAAUGGUGAACACUGAGGGUGUUGCAUGUGCUGCUAUGAGUUGUCUCAAUUAAGCCCUGUGGUUGUUGGUCUUUGGUGAGAUGGAGAUUUGGAUAUCAGCAAAGUACCGUGGGCAGGGUUAGUUUGUUUUGUUUGUCUCUGAAGGUUCAGAUCAGAAGAACAGACCUCAGUCUCUUACCACCUCCAGCUUAGAUUUUCACAUUAGUAUUCAGUUACUUCCUUAUGUAGCAAGUUUAAUGGGGGAGAAAAAAAAACACUCUUUUCCGUAAUCUGGCUGCAAUCUGGAGAAAAUAUUUGAAGCUUUGUUAUUCAUGUGCCAUCUGCUGUUGGGCCUGUCUGUGUAGGCUACAUGUUGUUACUGAUUAUAUACAAAAGCCAUACUGUAGAGUGACAAGUUUGAGACUCACAGCCUUGGAUAUUGGUCCAGGAUGGGGUUAUAUGAUGCAGAAUCACUGACCUGACCAGGAAACGACUAACACACAUGAUGAAUGUUUGGUUUGAUAUAACAAUUUCCAAGACUAUUCGUCUCUUGUCUACUGGUAUUUACAAAUGUUGGUAAACUGGUUCGUACCCAGCAGUCAUCCAGGUCGUGAUGUUUAUUUGUUGUUGUUUUUUAAAGGCGUUUCAAGACCUAAAAUCAUUUGCUGUUUCUCAGGACGUCCAAGUCUUGAGAACCUGAAGACACCUUCAGGCCCAUGUUUCUAACGCCAGUCUGUCUUAAAGACAUUGGUUAAAUCAAUGUUAACAAUGCUCAUUGUGAUACAGCUUGUCUGUUCUGAUCCUGGGUUGUCCUUUCCCCUUAUUGAGAAAGCGUUGUCUGUACUGUGGUGCAAACUGUUUCUGUGAAACUAUUGUAAACUAUUGUAAAUAUAGAGUUACCAUUUUAAA